GCCCGGGAAGCGCCCCGUCCCCGCCUCUCUUCGCCCUCGUUCCCCGUGUGAAUUGCUUUCGGAUCGCUCGCUGAGUAGCGCCUUGGGUGUCUUCCUGAACAGGUCUCCGUGUCCUUCCGCAGGUCCCCAUUUCAGCCAUGUCGGACAAAAGUGAGCUGAAGGCGGAGUUGGAGCGCAAGAAGCAGCGAUUGGCUCAAAUCAGAGAGGAGAAGAAGAGAAAGGAGGAGGAGAGAAAGAAAAAAGAAACUGACCAGAAGAAAGAAGUUCUUCCUGUACAAGAAGAAUCUGAUCUUGAAAAGAAGAGAAGAGAAGCUGAAGCAUUACUUCAAAGCAUGGGGUUAACACCUGACUCUCCCGUUGCCGUGCAACCUCUGCGAGUAGUAACAGCGGAUACCUGUCUGUUUCACUAUUUAGUCCCUCCUCCUACCUCUCCGUCUUCCAAAUCCGUGAGUACGCCAAGCGAGGCCGGGAGCCAGGACUCCGGAGAUGGUGCUGUUGGAUCCAGGACGCUGCAUUGGGAUACUGAUCCAUCAGUUCUUCAGCUCCACUCUGAUUCCGAUCUGGGACGUGGACCUGUUAAACUUGGAAUGGCCAAAAUUACACAAGUUGACUUUCCUCCUCGAGAAGUUGUUACAUAUACAAAGGAGACGCAAACACCUGUUAUGACUCAGCCAAAGGAAGAUGAAGAAGAGGAAGAUGAUGUUGUUGCACCAAAACCAUUAGUCGAACCUGAGGAAGAAAAAACAUUAAAAAAAGAGGAGGAGGAAGAAGCUGCCCCUCAUGAACUUACAGAAGAGGAAAAACAACAAAUUUUGCAUUCUGAAGAAUUUUUAAGUUUCUUUGAUCACUCCACAAGGAUUGUUGAAAGAGCCCUUUCUGAGCAAAUCAACAUUUUCUUUGACUACAGUGGAAGAGACUUAGAGGACAAAGAAGGAGAGAUUCAAGCAGGAGCAAAACUGUCAUUAAACAGGCAGUUUUUUGAUGAACGUUGGUCAAAGCAUCGUGUUGUCAGUUGUUUGGACUGGUCAUCUCAGUACCCAGAAUUACUUGUAGCCUCUUACAACAACAAUGAGGAUGCACCUCACGAGCCUGAUGGGGUCGCCCUUGUAUGGAAUAUGAAGUACAAGAAAACUACCCCAGAGUAUGUCUUUCACUGCCAGUCAGCAGUGAUGUCAGCUACAUUUGCAAAAUUUCAUCCCAAUCUGGUGGUUGGUGGCACAUACUCAGGCCAGAUAGUGCUAUGGGAUAAUCGCAGCAAUAAGAGAACCCCAGUGCAGAGAACUCCACUGUCAGCUGCUGCUCACACGCACCCAGUGUACUGUGUGAAUGUUGUUGGGACCCAGAAUGCUCAUAAUUUGAUUAGUAUCUCAACUGAUGGGAAAAUAUGCUCUUGGAGUCUGGACAUGCUUUCCCAACCACAGGACAGCAUGGAGCUGGUUCACAAACAGUCCAAGGCUGUGGCUGUUACCUGCAUGUCUUUCCCUAUUGGAGAUGUCAACAACUUUGUUGUUGGCAGUGAAGAAGGCUCAGUGUACACUGCAUGCCGUCAUGGCAGCAAAGCUGGAAUCAGUGAGAUGUUUGAAGGACACCAGGGACCAAUCACAGGUAUCAACUGCCAUGCAGCAGUUGGACCUGUAGACUUCUCACAUCUUUUUGUCACCUCUUCUUUUGACUGGACAGUAAAGCUUUGGACAACUAAGAAUAACAAACCUCUCUACUCCUUUGAAGACAACUCAGAUUAUGUGUAUGAUGUGAUGUGGUCUCCAACUCACCCUGCCUUGUUUGCCUGUGUGGAUGGGAUGGGCAGACUUGACCUGUGGAAUCUCAACAAUGAUACUGAGGUACCAACUGCAAGCAUCACUGUGGAGGGCAAUCCUGCUCUGAACCGUGUGAGAUGGACACAUUCUGGGAGAGAGAUUGCUGUAGGUGAUUCAGAGGGACAAAUAGUUAUAUAUGACGUGGGAGAGCAAAUUGCUGUUCCUCGUGGUGACGAGUGGACUCGCUUUGGUCGGACGCUGGCAGAAAUAAACGCCAACAGAGCUGACGCAGAAGAGGAAGCUGCGACCCGAAUCCCGGCCUAGAGCUGGAAAAUAGGCAGCACUGGUAGAUUUGUGAAUGAUUUGAUGCAAAUCCUAAAAGUGCAAGCAUGUGUCGGUUCAAAUCAUAGCUUAAGGGAGGAAUGUAUGGAUUCAACUAUGGACUUUGAAAACAUAUUAAGAUCACUGAAAAUCAGAUCUUGCAUUGUCACUUUUUAUAUAUAAAUUACAAGCACAUUCUUGGAUUUGUGUAACUUUUAAUACAGUUAACUUUGACUCUGCAAGGAACUUACUUUGCUGAAACACUAACCUGGUAUAAAUUUGCUACUUGGCUUCUGAAAAUUCCAGUCUGAAACAGUAUCUUUCUGAAAAGUAGAAGUUCUGUUCCUAAAACUUUCUGUAUUACACAGACUAACCUUCAUUAGGUAGUAAAUGUCUGAAGCAUUCUUUAAUGAACUCCUCAAAUUACCCAUGGAUAUGCAUGCAUAUGUUCCAAGUAAAUGUCAUUGUUCAUAUAUAGAUAAGCCUCAGACUCUGGUAGUGGGUAAUAUAUGUGAAUAAAACUUGUCUGUAGUUACAAACUUACUUGAUAAUCCACCCUGAAUUAAUGAAAUACAUAUUUAAUACCAAGUUCUUUUUGUCUGAAUUGGUGCAUUAAAAGGUGAGAUUGAUUCAUAAAUAAAUACGAGAACUUGUCAGCUGCCCUGACCUCUAAUCUGUGUCCCUGCAUUAGUUUAAAGUUUCUGGGAGCUGCUCCUUUUGUUUUACUAUACACAUCACAGAAUUCUUUUCUACCUUCAACCUCCACUUCUUACCAAAGCCAUUGGCCAAUAGGAAAAAGGCUAUUGUCAAAUUUUUCUUUUCCAAAGGAUAAGGAACUAGAUUUUUACUUAAUUUCUAUGGCAUGAUGAUUUGCACAGGCUUGCUACUAAUUUUCUGUAUUAAGUUAAAGGAAGAUUUUUUUCAUUGAUUUUUAACAUUUUUGUUGAAAACAAACUUUGUAAUGGCUUCAAACAGAAUAGUUGCAAUUUCUGUUAAAGGUUAAUUUUUUUCUUUCUUAGCACAUUAUAAAGUUUAAAGGGCUGGGGGCCUAUAGUUUGCUUUUGGGUUGGUUUUGGUGGUUUUGAGGUUUUUAAUGAAUAUUCUGAGUUGUAAUAAUUAGAUUCUAAACCAGUAUUGAUGCCUUUAACUUAGGAUUCUACAUUUGUUUCUUCUGUUCUUAAAUCUGCUACAAGUUUAUUGUUUUCUCAGAAGAGCUGGUUUUAUAUGCUUAAAAAUAGGAAAUAGGCUUAUAUUUAUUGAUCAGCUUUGUGUCCAGAAGUAUUCUCCUUGUUUCUUCAUUGUUUGUAUUUUAACUUUUCUGUUUUGUUUGGAUUUUUUUCUGUUUCUCCUCCUCUCAGUUCUGUUAUGAGUAGUUUAUAGAGACAUAGGCAGCAGGAACAGCAGUUCUGUCUUCAGGAGGGGUUUUUUUUCAGUGGGUCUGAAAGUGAAAUGUGUUCAGGCUUCCAUUGGUGUUGGUGUGUUAAAAAUGUCUGUGUACCCCCCGCUUUCCCAUGCAGUCAGGCUGCUUGGUUUGCAGAUAUUUACCCUGCAUGUUUUCCUCAACCUUACAACAGCAGCUCUGUUCAGUUGAGAAGCGUGUGAACUACAUAAAGAACAGGCACAUCAUGCGAUGGUUUGUACCCUUUGGGCACAAGAAUUCUUAGUGAGCAGAGUGUCUGCUUUCAUGACGGUUUGGGGGGAGGGGGUGCUUGGGAUUUUGGUCGGUUGUUCUUGGGGGUUUUUGUCCUGAGAAUACAUUUCUCUCAGACUUUUUCUUUUCAGAAAUCCAGUAGAUGAGACUUUCUUCCAGUGACUGUUGCACACAAUGCAGGUCAUAUGGCACUAGUUUUGUGUAGUUUCAACCUUUUAGUAAUUUUCAUUUAUUAAAUUUAGUACUACUCUAUAUUCAUUCCUGCUUCUUUUCCUCCCUCCCAGAAUAGCUGAGUCCAGAUUAAAAAUGUUGUCAAACCCAUACCUGCAACAUGGAGACCAACAGUGAUGGUAGGUACUAUAAAUGACCAUUCUGGGAGCCAAACUGUCCAGUUUUAGAGCUGUAAGAAAUACAAAUGUUGUUGUGCAUUGUAAAGUCUCCUAAGGCCUUGAUCAAGUCAGUCAACAAGCUGUGACUAAGAUUAAAUGCCAGUGGUACCCACCACUUUUGUAUCUGUUUAGAAAAGCACAGGACAAAAUAUACAGAUACAAGAGAGGGUUCUUGGGAAGCCUGUCUCUGUCCAGAGAACUGUACAGAACAAGAAAUUCCUUAAACAGAAUAAUAAAGACAGGAAGCCUUCUCAUUGGGUUAUAUAUAUGCAUGAUGCAGAAUAGUGAUCAAACUCCCAAGGUCUAUUGUAACCUCUGGCUCACUUAAUAUUAGGCACCAGAAUAUUUUGUAUCUUGCUUGGAGGCUAGAGCUGAAGGAGGGCUUGUCUGUUUAGUGUUCAGUUUUUAAGAAGCCAUUUCUUCAUAAACUGACUAAAUCUCUGAUUGGUCUGCUAUCACCUGAAUAAGUAAAUAACAGAACCUUGAAUCAGUUCAUACCGCUGGGAUACGCUGCACUCUGGGGUGCUAAACCUGAGAAGAAACACAUAAACCUCAAGAUAGGAGGCUGCUGUGCUUCAGUGAGCAAGGCUGGAAACCCACCCCUCUCUUCUCUGGCUGCAAGGGCAGUAUAACUACUUUUCCUCUGGGACUGUGGAAAUCUAGACUCGCCUAUUUCCUCUGACAUUUUUGCAUUUAAAUAUUAUACCAGGGAAACUUUCAGCAGACGCUAAGCCAGAAACAGUUCAAGCUUUUGGUUUUUCCUCCCCUUUCACUUCCACUCAGCUUCCACUCCAAUCGGUUUUGCAUAUAAAAAUAAUACAUUAAGUAACUUUUUUUUUUUUUACCCCCACAGAAUAACGUAAUCUUUCAAUGGUACAAUAAUCUAAAAUAAAGAGAAUGCCUUCAAUUUUUUUAUAACAAGGUUUCUAUUCUGGAAAAAAAGCACUCUGAGUAAUAAGCCCUGUAAAAAUUCUUGAGUCUGCUAAUAACUGGCAAAUCUCUCCUUGUGUUUUAAAUGUGCUACCAUAGAGGUAAGAUCUAUUACACAUUUACUAUGACCAUGUAUUUCCAGAUAAUUCCUUGUCACAAAGUAGUGCUGCAAAAUAAAAUAUUGCCUGUGCUCAUCUAGUUACUGUAUCCUCUUACACUUACAAUCCAGCACAUGGCAUUUGAAUUCCUUUGCUGUAACUAGCACUGAAGUGCAUUCCUGCAAAGGCUGUGUCCUGUCCUGUACAUUCAGUAAGUGGGCGCAUCUGAUCUUUAAUCUGUGGAAGUUGUCCUACUGGACAACUUUCUCUAAACUCAAAGAAGUGAACUGAUGUGUUUUUAAACAUUUUAUUGUCACGAUUGUUAACAAAACGCCUUCAAAACAUCUGUACAUUUCAAACUAUUUUGAACUGCAAUACCCAUUAUAUAAAUGUACGUGUAUAGAUGCCCUGAUGUCUCUGUACAAAGAUGUACAAUAUGUACAGUAACAUUAAAUGCAAGCUGUGCAAGGCAAAGUCUAGGCUACAGCUUCAUGCCACCAGUUAAAACAAGGCAUAGAACCACAGCUUCAGUCAGUUCCUUGUGUGUAAAUAAAUAAAUGCAGGUAUGUAUGAAUAUUAGAAAGGAGCAAUUAGAUUUGCAAGCUCAGUUCAGCUAGAACACAUGCAGCUGACUGGGAAAAAUAUAGUAGUACUCUUGUGAACUCUUUCCACUGCAUCACUUCGUUAGGUUGAAACAUCUUUUCAGGAUUCAGCUGCUACUUUUUGCUUGAACUGAGGUGAUGCCAGGAGCUCGAAACUUUGGAAGAUAUAAACCAAAUUUAUUUUCUAUACCAGCAAAUGUAGCUGUAGCAAGUCUAUAUCCGCCUAUAUGUGCAGGGUUUACAGGAGGAAGAUCUGAAAUUCGAGUUUUUGGGGCAGCUUCUGAUCCAGCAGGUUUGCUGUUUGAACAAAGAAAAAGAAAAAAAGCCUUUUUGUUAUGAAAUCUAGACUAAGAAAUAACUGUAAAUAAAGUUACUCAGGCUUAAA